AUGAACGAACGUCUUCCCCGCGAGAUCCGAAAUAUGAUUUGGACGGAUUACCCUAUGCGAACAGCAUGGGGGAACGCUUCUGAUCGGUUUAAAAAUUGUCCGGAGUUGCAUAGAUCCAAGCCGAAUGCCCACAAAAAAUGGUCAUGCUUCCCACCUGUUAUACGACGAGAAUUCGUGGACGUCGAUACAGCACGGGAGGUCGUCGAGGCUUGGUACAAGGACUGGCAUUUCAAAACACAUAUGGGGGUAGAUCUCUAUCGCAUUAUCCUCAUGGACGUAUUCAACCUAAAUGUUGAUACCGCGGCAGUAUUACGAAAACUUUCGUUAAGCGGGGGCAUGGCAGAUUUUGCAGAUUAUAGACAAUCUCCCGACGUUCCGAAACAAGCUAGAGUUUUACGUCUGCUAGAGAUGUUAUACAAGAUCAAACGAAAGCAAGGCUUCCGUCUUGACAUUGACGUCACACAAACAAGUAUUCGACUCAACGUCUGGCAUGCCUUCGUCUUCGAACCGUAUAGGGAUCUGCUGCACGAUUUCGAAAGCGAAGGAGCGAUUGUAACUAUCCGCUUUAGCUAUUGCAGCGGCAGGAAAUGGCAUGAGACAAAAUACCCACACGCUGUCGGAUUUGACAUUACAGACUUGGUUAGACACCACGAUCCGGAAACAUGGAAGAUUGGAGUCAUAGAGAAACUCAACCAGCACAUAGCCAGACCUACCGACAACAUGCAAACUUUCUUUUGGAGAAACUUCUUCACUGACCCCGCUCUUCACAUCACGGCUUUACCCCGGGUAAUCGCAGGGCUUGGCUUGACAUGA